AUGGCUCACACCCAUACACCAACCUCAUUUCAAUCAAUUGAUUCAAUUUCGCACCAGCUCCUCAUGGAAACGAAACGGAGAACCAGAGAGCAACCACCGGUGCGUGAUGCCACGUCGGAAGAGCUCGCAAUGCUAGGAAUGCGUAUCAGAAAAGCGGUUUCUGAAGGAUAUCGUACUGGAAAUGAAUAUACUGGUCACAACUAUGGUCUAGAUGGCCACCUCCAAUCAUACGAAAGAGUACCUUUGCCCUCCCAUAUUAGCCAGCCGCCCUCCUUGAUGGAUGCAGGUUCCACUGUAGACUCCAGUUCCAGUUUGUCUGAGUGGGGGACCAAAUUUGAGGCGCUCCAACCAAAGUUGCAGGUGAUUGGCGAAGUCGAAAAUCGUAAACGAAAGCCUGAGGAGGCGCCAGAUUUGGGAACUUAUCAGCAACGGUACGGCGAGUUGGCAUUCAACGAGGAUUUUUAG